AUGACGGCGUCUGGUUCCAUCGUGGGUGACUUUGACCUUGCAUCACUACGGGCGAUGUCGAACAGGUCUUCGAACAAGGCUCCGGUGAUUCCAUCCGCUCAGUCGACCAGUACCGGCAACAUUCCAGCUACCACCUCGUUUGCCACGAUGACCAAUGCCAAUCCUAUGGCUCCUGCUAUUGAACGCUCGUCAAAUACAACUUCGUCGAUAGCUAGCCAUAACUGCAGAUCUAUUACAGUCCUCCCGAAUGUGAAGUCUUCAUGUCAAACCGCCAUUUUCGCCCAUCCCACAUUCUACACCUGUAUUGACCUUACUGUCUUUAACUGGUUAACGAGGAGUGGCAUAGAGCCCAAGUUCCCGAGGGCGGGGGAAUUCAAGGAAAGCGACAUUAACAACUACAACACGUUCACCGCAGAGAAGAAGGAUGUACUACGGAGGUAA